CUCUGAAUCACUCACCAUCUACCAGGACUCCUAAGCAAUCCGGAGAGAGAGAAAGUACAAGAGAGAAAGAAUGAAACGGCUGGCAUCAACUCUGGACAUGGACAUGGCAGUGGACCAAACGUAUCGUUUGGUUUAACAAAAUAAAAGGUGCUGACAAACUGUCUCCAUGGCCAUAAAGCAAGAGUAAAUUCUCUGCUGGAUUACGAGGAUUAAGAAGUGAAGAAUACUUCCUUGAAUGGCCAUGCCUGGGGCUGAUGUACAACUUGUACCCCUUCCAAACUCUCCAGUCUUGAUUGUUGACUCCCGAGGCUGAGAAAGAAGCUGGAAGGGGAGGGGAUAAUGCACGCCCCUCCUGCAAUGGAGGAAGAAAGCACCAUGAGUAACGUUACCGUCCUUGACAUCACCGAGUCCGUGAGUCCUGCCAUGACGGCGGCCGGCCCUUACCCCUACCCACUCAGCUUCCAGGUAUCCCUGACCGGGUUCCUCAUGCUGGAGAUUGUACUGGGCCUGAGCAGCAACCUGACGGUCCUGGCCCUCUACUGCAUGAAGUCCAACCUGGUCAACUCCGUUAGCAACAUUGUCACCAUGAAUCUCCAUGUGUUGGAUGUGUUGGUGUGCGUAUGUUGCAUACCCCUGACUAUUGUUGUAUUGAUGCUUUCGCUACAAGGCGACACAGUCCUCGUUUGUUGCUUCCAUGAGGCUUGCGUGUCCUUCACUAGUGUGGCUACGGCGGCCAACGUGCUAGCCAUCACUUUAGACCGAUAUGACAUCUCAGUCAAACCAGCUAAUCGAGUGCUGACUAUGGGACGGGCAGUGGCCCUGUUGAGUUGCAUUUGGGUGCUGUCUUUCAUCAGCUUCUUGGUGCCAUUUAUUGAGGUGGGUUUCUUGGGACCAGAACCCACUAAAGCCAAUCAGACCGCUGUGUUACAAGUUAACGAGUAUUACACUGAACUGGGACUAUACUACCACCUAGUGGCUCAGAUCCCAAUUUUCUGUUUGACUGCUAUCAUCAUGUUAGUGACCUACUCAAAGAUCUUGCAGGCACUCAACAUCCGGAUCGGUACGCGCUUCCACACUGCACAGAAAAAGAAGAAAAUGAGACGGAAAAAGAACUUCUCGCUCAUGUCAACAUCCGAGCAGCAGCUACCCGAGAUCACGGAUGCAUCACAAAGCAGUGGCGGUAAUCGUGGGAACGCGCCGCUAGGCAUGCGCACGUCAGUGUCGGUGAUCAUCGCCCUACGACGGGCUGUGAAACGUCACCGGGAACGCCGAGAGCGUCAGAAACGCGUUUUCCGCAUGUCGCUCCUCAUAAUCUCCACGUUCCUCCUCUGCUGGACACCCAUCACCGUUUUAAACACUGUGGUUCUCAGCACAGGCCCCAGCGACCUCACCGUCAAACUUCGACUGGGCUUCCUAGUCAUGGCGUACGGCACGACAGUCUUCCAUCCUCUCCUCUACGCCUUCACGAGGCAGAAGUUCCAGAAAGUUCUGAAAAGUAAAAUGAAGAAACGCGUCGUGUCUAUUAUCGAGGCAGAUCCGUUGCCGAACAACGCGGUCAUACGAAACUCUUGGAUCGACCCCAAGCGGAAUAAGAAAGUGACUUUCGACGAUCACGAAGCGAGACAAAAAUGUUUGUCAUCGGAAGAUGCGGACUGA